AGUGUCACUGUGGAACAACAUGCGCGUAAGGGUAGACCACAUGGUGUAAGCCCUGGAAGCAUGUGCGCUCGAUGAGAAUUUGCUAGGCGCGCUUUUGUCGACAUUGCAAGAAUGCUCAAGGCGCGGAAACGUUCUGCUUCAAAACUCGAUGAGUUGUUACGCGAAGGAGCAACAGGAAAAAAGCCAGCCGUAGACGUAGACAGGGAGCUGAUGUCAACCGCAACUCGUCUGAUGAAAGAAAAGUUACCUUUCAAAAAAGUGCAGGAUCCAUAUGAUGUCACGCAGCUCUACAAAGAUUCGGGAUUCUCUAUAAUGGAUAAGGAGAAGGAAACAGAAGCUGUAAGGCGCAUAGCGGAAUUAAUAUCUUCGAAGGAGCUCCCUCCUAGCGCUUUGGAUCGAAUGCACGGCAAGAAGGCGACCAAUCACAAAAAAGUUUGGAAAAGAAAGUUGAAGCACAAAAAGAAGAAUGGAAGUGCAAAGAAAUAGUAUCAGUGUCAGAUCUCGAGCUUG